AUGCGCUCAAAGUCGAACAUUGCCAUUGGCCUCGCUGCCACUGGAUCUCUGGUUGCCGCAGCUCCUUGUGAUCUUUACAAAAAUGGCGGUACACCCUGCGUAGCUGCUCACGGUACUACUCGCGCCUUGUACGAUGCCUACACUGGUCCUCUUUACCAGAUCAAACGCGGUUCUGAUGGAACCACUGCGGACAUCUCGCCUCUCUCUGCCGGAGGUGUAGCCAACGCAGCCGCUCAAGACUCUUUCUGCAAAAGCACCACCUGUCUCAUUACCAUCAUCUACGACCAAUCUGGCCGUGCAAACCACUUGUACCAGGCUCCCAAGGGUGCUUUCAGCGGACCGGACGUCAACGGCAACGACAACUUGGCGAGUGCUAUCGGUGCUCCCGUCACUCUGAACGGCAAGAAGGCAUACGGUGUUUUCGUCAGCCCCGGAACUGGUUACAGAAACGACGAAGUCAGCGGCACAGCUACUGGCGACCAGCCCGAGGGCAUGUACGCCGUCCUUGAUGGCACUCAUUACAACGAUGCCUGCUGCUUCGAUUACGGAAAUGCCGAGGUCAGCAACACUGACACUGGCAAUGGUCACAUGGAGGCCAUCUACUAUGGCAACAACACCAUUUGGGGAACUGGAUCUGGAUCUGGCCCAUGGCUCAUGGCUGAUCUUGAGAACGGUCUGUUCUCUGGCCAGAGCCCUGCUCAAAACACUGCCGAUCCCUCCAUCUACAACAGAUUCUUCACCGGUAUGGUGAAGGGAAAGCCCAACCAGUGGGCUCUCCGCGGAGGCAAUGCCGCCUCAGGGGCUUUGUCGACCUACUACAGCGGCGCCAGACCCACCGUCGGUGGCUAUAACCCGAUGAGUCUCGAGGGUGCCAUCAUCCUUGGCAUCGGUGGUGAUAACAGCAAUGGCGCUCAGGGCACAUUCUACGAGGGAGUCAUGACUUCGGGCUACCCAUCCGACUCUGUCGAGGCCUCAGUUCAGGCUAACAUCGUUGCUGCUAAGUACGCUACUACCUCGCUCAACACUGCCCCUCUCACCGUGGGCAACAAGGUUUCCAUCAAGGUUACCACCCCCGGAUACGACACCCGCUACCUCGCCCACUCCGGCGCCACUGUCAACACCCAAGUUGUCUCCUCAUCCAGCGCCACCGCCUUGAAGCAACAAUCCAGCUGGACUGUCCGUACCGGUCUCGGUAACAGCGACUGCUACUCCUUUGAAUCCGUCGACACCCCCGGAAGCUUCAUCAGACACUACAACUUCGUCCUCCAGCUUAACAAGAACGACAACACCAAGGCUUUCAAGGAAGACGCCACUUUCUGCUCUCAGACCGGUCUUGCCACUGGUAACACCAUCAGAUCGUGGAGCUACCCUGCCAAGUUCUUCCGUCACUACAACAAUGUCGGUUACAUUGCCUCCAACGGUGGUGUCCACGACUUUGACUCUGCUACUGGCUUCAACAAUGAUGUCAGCUUUGUUGUUGGCACCAGCUUUGCUUAA